AUGUGCAGCACAGUGAGAGACCCCGCCCCCGCCUCGCUCCUCUCGCCCUUCCCGGGAGCCGCCGCGGAGGAAGAGGAGGAAGAAGAAGAAGAGGAGGAGGAAGAGGGCGGUGUCGGCGCGGCCGGGCAUGAGGGCGGGGAGCCCCCCGCCUGCCGGCCCCCCCUCCGCCGCCGGCCCUGCCCGCCCCACCGGCGCAACCACCAGCUCAACGGGCUCAUCGCCGGGCCGGACCUGCGGCACCUGCGCACCUCCCUCAAGGGCAAGGUCCUGAACGACGGGGGGCCGCGGCCCGUCGCCGCCCUCAGCGGCAAGGCCAUGGGGCACGGGCAGCAGCAGCAGCAAGAACAUCAUCGUCGAAAAGAAGAGGAGGAGGAGGAGGGAAAAGAAGAAGACGAGGGGCCGCCCCAGCCUCCCCCUUCCUCCUCCUCCUCCUCGCUCAGCAACCACCACCGGGUCCCCCGGGCCCAGGCAAGGACUGCACAGCCCCAGCCGCAACACCACCCCCACCGCCACCCGCACCCCCAUCAGGCUUCUGCCCCCUCCGACGGGGACCGGAACGGGGUGGCUGGGGGUGAGGAGGAGGAGGAAGAGGAAGGAGGAGGAGGCCGCCAGGAGCAGGAGGUGGGGAGGGAGGAAGAGGAGGAGUCCCUGCUCCUCCUCUCCCGGUCCCUGGCGUCCAGCUGCAGCCUGCAAAAAAGCCCCCUGGGCCCCCCCACGGACUCUUCCUGGGCCCCACAGGGGGGAGAGGAGGAGGAAGAGGAGACGUCGGGGGACCUCACGAUACGAUACGUCCGCUACGAGUCCGAGCUGCAGAUGCCCGAUAUCAUGAGACUGAUCACCAAAGAUCUGUCUGAACCCUACUCCAUUUACACAUAUAGGUAUUUUAUCCACAACUGGCCUCAGCUUUGCUUUUUGGCAAUGGUAGGAGAUGAGUGCGUAGGUGCCAUCGUGUGCAAGUUGGAUAUGCACAAAAAGAUGUUUCGCAGAGGUUAUAUAGCCAUGUUAGCCGUGGAUUCCAAAUACAGAAGAAAAGGCAUAGGUACAAACUUGGUUAAGAAAGCUAUUUAUGCCAUGGUAGAAGGAGAUUGCGACGAGGUCGUCUUGGAAACCGAGAUCACAAACAAGUCUGCGUUGAAACUUUAUGAAAAUCUUGGCUUUGUGCGAGACAAGAGGCUGUUCAGAUACUAUUUAAAUGGAGUGGACGCGCUGCGUCUUAAACUGUGGCUGCGUUAACCCGAGGCCGUCGAUUCCCCCCCCCCCGAGGACUCAUCUUCCCGACGACGCCACCGCGCACCGCGGUGUCCUUUGCAUGCAAUGCAAUUUGUGUGGAAUUGCUUUGCAGGUGGACAUUAACAAUUCCCAUGCAGCUCUUCUUCUCUGUGAGUGUCUCCAUCGAGCGUCGCACCUCAAAAUUCGUUGCACUGUGUGGCAUGGCGCGUUUUUGUUCGGAAUUUUAACAACAGAUCGUUUUCAGACUUCAGAUCCUCCUCUUCUUCUUUUUUUUUUUUUUCUUUCGGUAACCAGGAAGAUGUGCCAGUAGGUAGCCAAGAUCCGUUCUUCUUUCUUCCCAUUUGCAAGUCUACCGACUCCUGUUACAUCAAACGGUGAACGCUCUCUCCAAGAACUUGUGUUAAUGUGGAACGAUUCUUCUUUUUUUUGUUCUUGUUCCAGGGAGAAAGGAAGUGAGGGGGGGGGGGGAAAGCCAAUGUAGAUUGUAAAAUUCUCUAAGUAUACUAAUAUUUCAUACAGAACUCACCAUAGUUUUUUUUUCCCCCUUCCCCGGGGAAGAUUUUUUUUAUUAUUAAAAAAAAAAAAAAAUUCAGACUUUUAGGUUUUAUUUUUCGAUCUACAAACUUUCCAUUUUUAAAUAUUGGUACCUCAGUGAUUAGUGAACGGAAAAAAACAAACCUGUAUUGUAGAGUGGGGUGUGUGUUAACAUUGAGUACCGGUAACAAUUUUAAUUGCGUCUGCCAGUGCCCGUGUAGAUACGUAUCUUUGUCUUCACCGCUGAGUUUUUUGAAUGCAUGCUCUUCCCCCCCACCACUUUUUUUUUUGUCUUUGCAAGAACGGCUUUUAUUUAAAAUUCUGGGUUUUGAGAAUAAAUUAUUUCAGACUUUAUUGAUUUGGAUGACUUCUCCCAGAUGAGGAAGGCUUAAAAAGCCUUUCUCAUAUAACAAGGAAGUGUGGGGGGUGGGGGGUCUCGUGUAGCUGCUAAAAGGGAGCCAAUGCACUUUGUUCCUUUCAAGAGAGUGAGGGAAGCUUUUCAAACAAAAAAAGGCAAAUUAAUGUAAAUUGGGUUGAUAUGUUUUUUUCCUUUUUUCGAAUAAAUCAAAAUUUACCAUUGGGUUAGCUAAAGAACCAUUUUAAAGCCGUCGGGACAAUAGCGAUUUUGAUUUCGGUUCACGUUGGCUUCGCUUCUGUGUUCCUUAAAAAAACCCAACGCUUUGGUCUUCAGUUCUCGGCGCAUCCAUUUUUUUUUAAGCUGCUUUUCAGUUCCUCCUCAAUUUCCACAAAAAGCCAAAACUCUUGCGGUUUUUAAUUUCCUUCU